AGCUACAGGUUUUACCACCCGGUCAGAUAUUGGUCCUGCCCGAGACGCUAAUGACCCUGUGGAUGAUCGUCAUGCCCCACCAGGGAAGAGAACUGUUGGGGAUCAGAUGAAGAAAAACCAGGCAGCUGAUGAUGAUGAUGAAGAUCUGAAUGAUACAAAUUACGAUGAGUUCAAUGGAUAUGCUGGAAGCUUGUUCUCCAGUGGGCCUUAUGAAAAAGAUGAUGAAGAAGCAGAUGCAAUUUAUGCUGCUUUGGAUAAAAGGAUGGAUGAAAGAAGAAAGGAGAGAAGAGAACAGCGAGAGAAAGAGGAGAUUGAAAAGUACCGAAUGGAACGGCCGAAAAUUCAGCAGCAGUUCUCAGAUCUGAAAAGAAAACUGGCUGAAGUUACUGAAGAAGAAUGGCUAAGUAUUCCUGAAGUUGGUGAUGCUAGGAAUAAGCGUCAAAGGAAUCCACGUUAUGAAAAACUGACUCCUGUUCCAGACAGUUUCUUUGCGAAGCAUUUGCAGUCGGGGGAGAAUCACACAUCUGUGGAUCCCCGGCAGACGCAAUUUGGUGGUCUGAAUACCCCUUACCCAGGGGGCUUAAACACUCCUUAUCCAGGAGGAAUGACACCGGGGCUAAUGACUCCUGGGACAGGAGAGCUGGAUAUGAGGAAGAUUGGACAAGCUAGAAACACCUUGAUGGAUAUGCGUCUCAGCCAGGUGUCCGACUCGGUGAGCGGCCAAACCGUGGUGGAUCCCAAAGGGUACCUCACUGAUUUAAAUUCCAUGAUUCCAACACAUGGUGGAGACAUCAAUGACAUCAAGAAAGCACGCUUACUUCUAAAAUCCGUGCGAGAGACUAACCCUCACCACCCACCAGCCUGGAUAGCUUCAGCACGCUUGGAAGAGGUGACGGGGAAACUGCAGGUAGCUCGAAAUCUCAUCAUGAAAGGGACCGAAAUGUGUCCCAAGAGUGAAGAUGUGUGGUUGGAGGCUGCACGCUUGCAGCCUGGAGAUACCGCCAAGGCUGUGGUGGCUCAGGCAGUCCGUCACCUUCCACAGUCGGUCCGGAUUUAUAUCAGAGCCGCCGAGUUGGAGACUGAUAUUCGAGCAAAGAAGCGGGUCCUUCGGAAAGGUGAGACAGGUCCACGGAGGGAAGCUUCAGCUGGUUUGGAAGGCAGCACCUGGUUGCUACCUGGGACCAAUAGCUGGCUUGGAUCCUUAUCUGCUUGCCAGUUUCACUCAGGCCCUGGUGCUUGUCUUUAAUGCCUCCAUAGCUUAGCAUCAGGAGACUUGCUGUGUGUUUACUUCUACCCCAGGUGCCUAAUUUGAGAUGGAAGCUCUUCUCCAGUUGCCCCACUACCUUACAGGGAUGGCAACUGGGGAAAGGGAUAUCCUGGUUGGAGUGUUUAGACCUUCCCCUAGGAAAGUUCAGGGCACAUCCACUUCGUUGUUGUGCCAGUAUUCCUUUAGGGACUUUGAGAUCUUUAAAGCCAGUGGAAGUUGAAAAUCCAGUUCCCGGACGCUCUAAUGAGCAUGGCUAGUAGGAAGGGAUGAUGGGAGAUGCAGUUCAGUAACACCUAGAGGACCAGGUGUGUGUGGCUUCUUUAAGGCUUUUGCAUCACUGGACUGUAUAUUAAUUGUUGGAUUCCUCACCAGCAAUAAUGGUUGGCCUUAAUUACAGUCAGCAUUAGUGGAAGCACAUCUCUUGAUGUUGUUUAAAAAUUCUUGGCCUCUGACUCCAGGGGUGGAGCUGGGUUCCUAUAGCUUUCGGAGAGAUUGGUCUAGAUUGCUUAGCAUUGGAGUCCACAACUUCCACUGGCUUGAGGACCUGGCUAGGCUUUGCAUGGCAUGUCAAGGGUCCACUCCACAGUGGGUGAGGCUGGGUUUGAGCGAAAGAGCAGCGCUCUUAAGGGGUGAAAUGGAUGUGUUGAGUCUCUACAAGGCAUAAGAGAUCAGUUUCGUCCGUAUAGAACUACCACCCCCCCCAAUGCAAAAAGAAAAGAUCAACCCCCCCCACUUACUCUAGAGGAGCUCUGCUUGUGGGCCAUGCUCUUCGCAUUCCACCUUAGGAGGUGUUAUGAUCUCUCUUUUAGAUUCUGAUUUAAUCAUAGGCACAGACCUGUAAUUGCGAGCAAGAUAUUAAUAUGGACAAAUUGAACAAAGCACUCAGGUGGCAUUUCUUUUGUAUGAUAUUGGUUGGGUAUGAGGCGGUGUGUGACGAAAGAAAGAAAGAAAGAAAGAAAGAAAGAAAGAAAGAAAGAAAGAAAGAAAGAAAGAAAGAAAGAAAGAAAAAAUCCAUAGCAUGUGAGGCCUGCUUCUUGAUGUGUGAAAACUGAACGCUCCGGUUGCGAGAACAUGCCGUCUAAGCCCGUCAUUCUGCAUUUUACAGUCUCUUGAAGAGUCUCCUAUUGCAGCUCUAAGCGUGAUGGAAGACAGUUUCCAUCCAACUAAUCAGAACAUUGUCACGAUAAAUUUUCGAGAGUAUCCUCACAGCCCGAGGAUAAUAGCACAGUCAUUAUUGUUUGUUGGCCAUUACGGGCAUAAUUGAAGUCACAGCACCAGCUUGGUAUUUUAAGAGUGGAGUGAAACGCUAUUGCUGUUUUGCAUUAAGAACUGUCUAGCAGCUUUUCUGUUUUUUUUCCUCUCGCCAAAUGUUGACUCUAUUUUUUGAUGGGUUUGGAGAAAUACCAAGACAAGGAUACAGAAAACUUCCAGUUUCAAACAAUAAAUUAAAAGGAGAGGAUGGGUGUAUUUUCAGAGUCAGCAACUGUGAUUUGGUUCUGAAUCGUGCCCCGUACAGAUUGCCCUCUCUUUGCUUGCCCAUCCUUUUUGCAUUGUGAGCUAUAAAAGGGGGAGGUUGGCGAUGAUCCCUGAGAGAGAGCAGGAUGCAUGAAGUGUGAAUGUACAGGUAGUCCUUGCUUAACAACCAUUUGUUUAGUGACUGUUUGAAGCUACAACGGUACUAAAAUAAUGACUUAUCUCCUGUGCCCAUUAUGACCGUCCCAGCACCCCCGUGGUCAUGUGAUCACAAUCCAGGUGCUUGGCAACCAGCUUGCACUUAUG